AUGUUUGUAAAUAAGGUACUUGGUAAACGAUCUGGAUAUGAGAAGGGCUUGGGGUAUGGAGUUGUGCCUUCUAAAUGUUCGAAGAGGUCAACAUGUGAAUCUUCACAAUUGAAGACAGUUCAAGAAAAGUUGAGUGUUACUGAAGAUGAAUUGAAAGAUGCUACUUGUCGUAUUAAAUCCCAACAAGAAUUGAUUCAAACGCAAGAAGCACUAAUUCAAAACUAUGAUGACCGUUGCAAAAAGCAAGAUGAUGAAAUACAAGGCCUAAGGGAAGGGCAAGACGAAUUGAAGCAAAUGCUAUUGCGUUUAUUGCAACAAAAUAGUUCAAGCAAUCAAGACAAACUUUGUUUUUGGUGUUAAUACAACAAAGAAUGGUCCAGUGUAAAGUUUUGAAAGUUAGCUUGUAUUUUGAUCAAUCAUGCAUCACUAAGGAUACUAUUUAGAACAUUUUGCUACUUCUCAAUUGUUUUUGAGUCCUGAUGUAUCUUUGAAGCAUGUAUCUACAAUGAAAUGUUUGGUGUUUAUAAUCGAUAUAAAUUUUUUAAUGUUAUAU